GAAUACGAACAGUCUGGCAAAUCGACAAAAUGGAGCCCUUCAAAAUCAUCAUCGUCGGCGGCGGCAUCGCCGGCCUCGCAGCUGCCAUCGCGCUCCGUGCCCCGCGCCGCGAAAUCCUCAUCCUGGAACAAUCCCCGCUGCACCGCGAAAUCGGCGCCACCAUCUCGCUCCAGCCCAACGCCUCGCGGAUCGUCGAGGCGCAGUGGGGUCUGGCGGCCGCGCUGCGCGCCCGCGGCGCCAUGGUCGACUCCGCCUUCGAGGUGUACGACCUCUCCGGCCAGCUGCAGACGCGGGUCCCGCUGCGCACGCGCGACACGUACGGCGCCGAGCGCAUGAUCUACCACCGCGCGGACCUGCACGAGGCCCUGAAGCAGCGCGCGACCGGCGGCGACGGCGGCGGCGACUACCCCGGGGAUGGGGUGCGGAUCCGCACGGGCUGUCGGGUGCGGGCGGUGGAUUGUGAGCGCGGGACGGUGCAGUUGGAGACCGGGGAGGUGGUGGGGGCGCAUUUGGUGGUCGGGGCGGAUGGGAUCAAGAGCUUGGUGCGGCGGGCUGUUCUGGCCGAGGAUGCGCAAGAGGGCGAAGGGGAGGGGGAGGCGCGGCCGACGGGCCUGUGUGCGUACCGCAUGAUGAUCCCCACGGCGGCGCUGCUGCGGGAGCCGGCCUUUGCGGCGGUGGUGGAUCCCCGCGAACCGAAGACGACGAUGGUGGUCGGUGGGGACCGGCGGUUGGUCAUGGGCCCGGCGCGCGAGGGGUCCAUCUACGGCGUUGUGGCGCUCGUGCCGGAUGAGCGCAUGCAUGAGUCUUCCCGCGAUACCAGCUGGACGACCGAGGGCGAUCGCGGCAAGAUGCUGCAGACCUUCGCGGAUUUCCCGGCCUGGGCGCAGACGCCCCUCCGGCUGGCGGAGGAGGUCGGGCUGUGGCAGCUCAGGGAUCUGGAUCCGUUGCGCACUUGGUGCAAGGGUCGGGUCAUUUUGAUUGGCGAUGCGGCCCAUGCGAUGCUGCCGACGCAGGGCCAGGGCGCGAGUCAGGCCGUUGAGGAUGCUGAGGCGCUGGGCGCGUUUUUUGAGGGGUUUGAGGAGGCUGGCAGUGGGGAGGAGGUGGGCAGGGUGCUGCAGAAGGUGUUUGAGUGUCGGUUCGAGCGCGCCUCCACCAUCCAGGCGUAUAGUCGGCAGGUCGCCAGGCCGGCGACGGAUGCUGACUCGAUCCGCGUGGCGAUGAAUCCGGCCGAGUUCAUGGACUAUAAUUGCUCGUAUCGCGGGGCGGCGGAGUGGUGGCGGAGGCAGACUGAGAGGAAGGCGGUUGAGUGUCGGUGA